AGUUCAGCGUUGUGCAUAUUUAAGCGGGCCCCUGAGGAACGCACCUUGAGCCGCAUCCAACAGUGGACGAAUAGGCUCCGAUAGACCUUUCCUCGUUCCUUUGUUGUUUUCAACCUGUGGCCGCCCACGUUCGUUCAUUUCCGGCAUACCAACAGCCCAUAUUAAACUUACUUGGAUUAGUUCGUUAUCAGACGAUUUUCUCCAAGUAAUCGAAGUUCAAUAUGACCGUGAUGUCGGGGCCCAGUUUUGCGGCCUACUCGUGGUCGGCCCAGGCCGGCGGUUUCGGCAACCAAACAGUUGUCGACAAGGUACCCGCCGAAAUGUUACACCUGGUCGAUUCUCAUUGGUAUCAGUUCCCCCCCAUGAACCCUCUGUGGCACGGAAUCCUGGGGUUCGUCAUCGCAUGCCUAGGGUUCGUAUCCGUGGUUGGAAACGGGAUGGUCGUCUACAUAUUCUGCUCGACGAAGACGCUCCGUACCCCGAGCAAUCUUCUCGUAGUCAAUUUGGCCUUUUCGGACUUCCUCAUGAUGUUCACCAUGUCCCCACCGAUGGUGAUCAAUUGUUAUUACGAAACUUGGGUGUUUGGACCGUUGAUGUGCGAGAUAUACGCGUUGUUCGGUUCCCUGUUUGGAUGUGGCUCAAUCUGGACAAUGACAAUGAUCGCUUUUGAUAGAUACAACGUAAUCGUCAAGGGACUGUCGGCCAAACCAAUGACCAUCAAGGGUUCGCUACUUCGCAUUUUGGGUGUUUGGGCUUUUUCUGUUAUAUGGACAAUCGCCCCCAUGUUAGGCUGGAAUAGAUACGUGCCAGAAGGGAAUAUGACCGCCUGUGGCACAGAUUAUCUGAGCAAGGAUUGGCUGUCAAGGUCUUACAUAUUGGUGUACAGCUUCUUUGUCUACUAUUUUCCACUCUUCAUGAUCAUCUACAGUUACUAUUUCAUCAUAUCAGCUGUAUCAGCCCACGAGAAAUCGAUGCGCGAACAAGCUAAGAAAAUGAACGUGGCAUCGUUGAGAUCUUCUGACAAUCAAAAUGCAAGCGCUGAGGCCAAACUUGCCAAGGUCGCUUUGAUGACGAUCUCUCUUUGGUUCAUGGCGUGGACACCUUAUCUGGUCAUCAACUACGCUGGAGUUUUCGAAUCCGCCAAAAUCACUCCUCUCUUCACUAUCUGGGGCUCCCUAUUCGCUAAGGCAAAUGCUGUUUACAAUCCAAUCGUCUAUGGCAUCAGCCAUCCGAAAUACAGAGCUGCACUCUUCAAGAAGUUCCCAUCAUUAGCCUGUGGUGGUGAUGCAGGCCAUGGCGGAGACGCUACCUCAACCGUUUCUGGCGUCACAACACUGACCGAUAACGAGAAGCCUGCCGCAUAAGUUGAUUGCGAUGGAAACUAAAUUCGCCGGACGUGAUAAAGGAAUUCAAAAUUUCCAAAAAAAGAGGGUAAAAAUUUUGCAAAUGAUACAAUUUAACACGCGUAAAACAAAAUGAUUAUAAAUAAAACGAGAGCCACGUACUUCAAUUGAUAUACGGGAAUUCACGCUCAGAAUUGUUGAUUGUAAAUAUUAAAGUAAAGUCGCGAGAAACUUCCAAAUACACUGAAUAUUGUUAAUGAAACCGUGGCAAUU